UCAGAGGACUGGGAGAGAGUACAGAGAGAAGUGCUUAAGGCAAAGAAGGGACAGAAAUCAGGAUCAGAGCUGCUGGCUGUCUUUCAGACAUCCUUUAGAAGAACCUGUCAAGACAAGAACGCAAACACAGAGACAAACAAGGAUCGAUAUGGAGAAAGGAGAAAGCCGGGUGCAGCAGCUUCAGGAGGAUGUGGAGGAGGUUCGGGUCAUCAUGCAGGACAACAUCGAAAAGGCCAGAGAGCGCGAGGGAAAACUAGAGGAAUUGGACGAGAGAGCUGAAUCGAUGCUUAAGAGUAGCACACAGUUUCGGAAGUCAACAAAAAGAGUGAGAAAAACUGUGGAAAUUGAGAAUACAUUGUUGCCGUGUAAGAACAGGAAGGUGAUCGCGGUCAUCGCUGGAGUAGUUGUUCUGGUCAUCAUCGUCAUCAUCGUCAUCAUCGUCGCAUCACAAGGCCAGAGUCAGAACUGAGAGAAUAGAGACUCUGGUUAAAAAGCCAGAGAAGAAGAAGUGAUGGGCGUAACAACUAUUUAUGCUACUCAGGAGUGGGUUUUUUUUUUGUUCUGUGUUAAAAUUUGUAUUCAGAUGGUACAUGUAAACACUUUCUGCUGCUUCAGUCUCCAUUUUUUAUAUUGUUUGUAAGGCUUUGAUGUGUUUAUACUUUUAUAUAAAGAUGUGUGUAUCUGUUGAGGUGAACUGCACAAACUGUAACUACAUACUGGGGUAAGAAUGAAAUUUUUUUGGACAUCUACAGACCAUGUAAAUGUCUGUUUUGCCUUAAUACAGGAUAUUUAAUACUUACAGAAUACAAUAAUGUGGAUAAAUUGACUAUAGGUGCAUGGUCAAGGAAAAUGGAGGAAUAUGGAUCUUGUGUGGAAAAGGAAAAAUAUGUUAAAUAUUACCUCUGAUUUGCCUCUGGAGUCAUUAGAGAUUUCAGUAUUCAGUGCCUACUUCUGCACUUGUGACGCACACUCCUUGCUGUUUGUGUUUACUCUUCUAUAUCUACAAGAGUACUGGUAAUUUUUUGAGUCUGCUUCCUCUCGAGGUUUUUUCCCUCAUGUCGUCUCGGGGAGUUUUUCCUCACCUAUGUCACCUCUGGCUUGUGCAUUACGGAUUUACAUUUGGAUUACUGUUUUGUGAUUAUACUGUAUAUUGUUACACAAAUACAAAUAAAAUUGAUAUAUAUAUGUAAAAAAAACUAAACAUUAACAGCAGAACCAUGGCUGAAGGACACCAGGGGUUUCUCUGGGUUCAGGGUUCUCACUCAUGAACUUCCAGUCAUCCGGAGUCUAUCCCGGGAACACUGCACGUGAGGUAGGAAUACGUACCGAAUGGGAUGCCAGUCCAUGCACACACACUCAUACUCACACACUCAUCCACACCUAGAGGUGAUUCAUCAUAGUCAAUCCGCCUCCUGGCCUGUUUCUGAGAAGUGAAAGGAAAACUGAGAACCUGGAGGAAACCCCUGCAGAUACAGGGAGAACAUGCACACACACACACACACACACACACACACACACACACAGUAACCUGAGAUCGACCCCGGAACCCUGGAGACCUGAGGAGGAAAUGUAGCCUUGUUAUGUUUGGUGCUGAUGGGACUCUACGAUUGUGGUCAACCAGCCGCAGUAGAAAAUACAGACUUUUUACAAUAAACUCCAGGUGUUUGGGGAAAGAAGCUGCUGCACAUCUGUUUUAGUCACUUAAAAAAUGUUACUUCCUCACUUUCUUAUUAAAU